UCACAAGUAAAAAAUUAAUUUAAUUAGUAAAAUAAAAUUGAAUUAAAAUUAUUUAAUUGAAAAAAAAUUGUUUGAUCAUUAAAAAUAAAACAUGUUAUCUCCGGAAGAGAUGACGAAUAAAGUAAUUAAAAGAGAAACAAGAACUGAUGUUUUUUUGAACAGUUUCCUUGGCACAAAAAGAAAAAUAAGACAAGAAUUUACUUCUCGAUCAGAUGGUAAUCGUAAAAAUUCCCCCACAAGACAUCAUCAUGUAGCACUUCAUUCUCCAUUGGAGAUGCGAAGAUUAUUUCUCUGGGAAUCAUUAAAUCCUUUAAGAGAAACUAAAUCUACAGAAUUUUCUAUUGUAUCGAAAGUUCGAAAGGAAUCUAAAAAAGUGUCAACGUCAACUCCAGAUUUAGUAAUGGAGGAACAAAAAUCUACUGAAGAAUUAAAUUCAGAAUUAAAUUAUAGAAAUAAUUUUAAAUUCCAUAAAAGAAAUCGUUUUUCACGAGAAAUGUGUUAUUACAAUAUGGAAUUAGCAAGAAUUAUCUUGAAUUGUAUAAUCUUGGCAAUUGGUUUAGUUUAUUUUGCAAGUGCUACAAUGAUGAUUUCUUACAAGGAGAUUUCAAGUGUUGUGGAGCUAGAGGAUAUUUUGAUUGGUGUAUAA